GUUCGAACAUUCGGUGAAGAUUCGAUUCUGAUUCGAUUGAUUCGAUUCGAUUCACGCGAGAACCCCGACGAAACGUGUGACGAUGUCGGAACAACACGCACAACACACCCAAGAAGAUUCUGAUGUCGUUGAGGUGCCCAGAUUCGUCGAGCCGUAUCAUCACCCAGGAAGCCGUAGCAACAAACGACACACAACAACCACAACAAAGAAGAAGGAUACGCCACCUUCCUUUUGUUGUCCCCAAUAGUAAAGCUAAAGUGCACAAGAAAAUGAACCCAAGCUAUUCCCAGCAGCAACAAGACACCACCACCCACCAACGAGAAAGAAUAUAGCAACGAUCGAGAAAUCGUUGCAUUCCCCACUUCCCUUUUAUCACCUUACUAUUAUUAUUGACUGCCAUUCAUUCAAAUAUACAUUCCGAAUCGAUACCAGAUAUAUACCGUACACUACAACUCGUGUGGCGUCAGAAUACCGUAUCAGAAGAAGCAGACCAGCUUGAUGACUGAAAGAGCAAUUCUGACUGCGCUACCUUCAUCUACCUGAACCCCACUACUUCCACAACACUACCGCCACGAAACCCCAGGGUAAUCCCUCUUUCAUUAUCUUCCUGCGAUCCUUGAUCUGCUGAUUAUCAUCAACUGUGUACCUUCUGCUACCUACUCUAGCUGGUACCAUACCAUCAGCUUCCUAUUGAUCGGCUACCGGUACCUCGCCAGAAAAACGCCUGUGCUUAAUACUCAUUCCCCCAACAACAAUGUCUGGACGACGACGCUCUUCCUCCUUGGGGAUUGCCACCGGCAAGGCGGAUGCCUCUUUGGCCGUACCAUCAUCUCUUUCACUGGAAGCCUUGGAAGCGACCCAGAAACUAUGGGAAUUGGUAUUUCUCGCCAUGGAAGAUCCCACGUCCAAACAAACUCUGCUGCACUCGUCCGGGAAUGUUUGCCUCAUCAAAGCAUUGCUAGACCGGGCUCAUCAACUGGAUCAUUACAGUCGAUCGGCUAGCAGCAGCAACAGCAAAACAAACAACAACAAUUCUCAGCUCUUGUCCUUAUUACACAAUUCCCAAUGGCUAUCCACCAUGCUGCAACAUGGAGACGGAGAAUCUGGGUACACACCGCUCCACAGAGCCGUGCUCCAGGCAGACUUGCCCGUCAUUUUAUUGCUAUUGCGAUAUUCCAUGGCGUUGUCCUCCAAAGUGGACAGCAGUAUCAGCAACAAGAACCGUGAGGAGGAGAAAUGGACCAGUGUCAUGUCCAAGAGGCUCCUGCACCGGCCAUUGGCAUUGCUACAAGGAGGAGACGGCCUAUCCAUUCAUGACGACGCACGAGCCGUACUCCAAACUAUGGAUGCCGAAGGAUUGACUGCUUUUCAAUUGAUGCAAAAGUUGCAAAUCAAAGAGCUGGAAUAUUGCAGGAAAUCUCUGGUCUAUUCUCCCCUCGACGGAAUGGUGAUGAUGAAUGAAACUGGUGCUGCCCGACGCCCCCGCCAGAACAGUUUCGAGACAAUGCUGCAGCUCGAUCAUGCGCAACAAGUGGCGCAACAGAAUGAAUUUGCCGAUUUGCACAAUUUCAUGCAGCAAGAACAGCAACGUCGUCCAACGGAUAUCUUCGGUCAACCCGUCACCGCCAACAACGCUGCAGGCAUCUCCUAUGCUUGCGAAGUCUUAACUUUUGGACGGUCCAACCACUUGGCUCUGGGAGUGCAGGGGGGCAAAAAUCACGAGGAGCGCACGUCCAACAAGGCGUCCUCGUCCGAUUCCACCACCACUCUGCGUCCCUACCGAGUGCAAGAAUUUGCACAGGAGCGUGUCGGUCGAGACGGUUCGGCAGUGGCGGUCGCUGCGGCAGCUCAUCAUACCCUUGUGGCGACUCGUCAGGGACACUUGUAUGCGUUUGGAGUUGGAACGGGUGGGCGUCUCGGGACUGGUGAUAAUGAAAGGCAUUGUCCGGCGCCAACCCGAGUGCUGGGACCUCUCCAAAAGCGACGUGUUGUAGCCAUUGCCGCGGCCGAGAAUCACAGUCUCUGUGUUACAUCCGAAGGGGUGGUGUAUGCCUUUGGAAGCAACCGGUUCGGGCAACUUGGAUUUACGGGAGGUGAUACCAGUAGCAGCAACGAUUCUGGAUCACGGUGUUGCCUGCCUCGACGGGUCGACGAUUUGUGGAAAAAGCACGUGUCGUGCAUCGGUGUGGCGGCAGGAGAAAAACAUUCAGUGGCUCUCAGUCAAAAGGGCGAAGUCUAUGUGUGGGGCUGCAAUGCUUCGGGGCAGCUUGGAAUCAACCAUCGUCGAAGUGCGAGCAACAGCGGUGCGGCCCAUAAAGUACAACGCGUCGAUUCCUUGUGGAACAAUGAAAAGACCCGAGUAUGUUUCCAAGUCGCAGCCUCUGCUCAAGCAACGUUGGUGUUGGCCAAGCCUAGCCCUGGUGGACUCCCAGUGAAUCAAGUGUACGCAUGGGGACAUGGCAACCAUGUACCAGCCAAGGUGCACUUCUCGGACCCCACGGAAGGCGGUCGUCCACGAGGACAAAGCAAGGAGAAUGUGUUCUUGGCGGCAGGAUCUGGAGGACGUUCCGUUAAUCCCAUUGCCAUUGCCUGUGCACGCCAUCACAGCGCCGCCAUUACGUCAGACGGAAGAGUGUACACGUGGGGCUUCCAUGCCGACACGCUGGGCGCUUCCACCAAAGCCAAGGCGGCAAACAAGAGUCCUAAUUCCAGGCCUCAGCUUGUUACGGGUAUGUUACCCGAAGAAGGUGGUGGAUUUGCAGUUGCCGUUUCCACAUCUGAGAAUCACACUGCUGUCGUGACGAACGAUGGAUCGCUGUUCACGUGGGGCGCGAGUUACGGGAAAGGUGUCAUGGGUCACGAAGGCGUUCGAUGGCAGCCCAGUCCGAAACGCGUUGGUGGGGUCAGUCGAGCGGUGGGGAUAUCGGCUGCAAAAGAGCACACUGUGCUCUUAAUGGGUGCGUCUUUCCCAUCCCCAGUCGCCAUGUCCACUAGGCGCAAUGCAACUCUGGAACUGUUGGCUGCGCAGGAGGUUGUCAAGCACGUGGAUUUGUUCAAUGCUUUGCCGAUCUUGAUGACAGCAGAACGAACAAACUGUCGUUAUCUCAUGGACCACUGCCGCUCCUUCGUUCGCCUCAACAUUGACGGUGUAUUAAAUGUUGGCCAGAAAAGUACGAUGGAAAUGUACUUGAAGGAACAUGUUGCCAACGGGCUGCUCCUUUUGGAUGAAGAUCCAAGGGAUCGACGAGAGCGGCCGCUUGUAUUGGAUAUUGCCUUGGCGACUUAUAGCGGUCGGAAAGGGAUGCUUGAAGGCGAAACUGUGCCAGCGGAUCCAGUCGAGUGGAUUCAAGCUUGCCAAAAGUUGUCAAAGAAUGAAUCGUUGAGUUCAUUGCUGCAUCGAAUGAGAAGAGCCGCGACGUCAAGACCUUCGUUGGCCUCUAACGCAAAACUCCUCCGCCGACGUUCCUCAUCAUCUGUUGGGUCGGCAGGCGAGGCUGAAAGUGGUGGUAGGAAGAGGUCAGGUAGCGUUACCUCGGAUCCUGAAAGGGAUAGGAAGAUGUCCUCAUCGGAGCGUUGCAUCAUGUUGACAACAAAUAUGGAUUUAUCGACAAGGGAGCACGUUCAGGCAAAGUAUGAUUGCUUGACAAGAGAAGUCCGUGGUCUCAAGAAGCGGCUGAGCCAGAUUGCUAAGCUGGAAGCCGUGGACGCCAUGGACGCUCAGGAAAACCCUGACGACCCAGCCAUGCUUUCCGCUGAUCAGAGAGAAAAGAUUGCUCGACGUCCGCAGCUUGAGUCCGAGCUCUGCAUUUUCGAAUCCGCGUUGGAGCGCGUAGAACGACGGAUGCUGCAAUUCAACCUGAAGCUGAAGAAGCCAACUGCUGGAUGUGCAGAUGAAAGCAAGGGGAAAACCGAACUAACGGACUCUGAGAAAUCUUCCGGGAAGGUACCACCGACUUCCGAGAUGAUGAAAGAAGAGACAGCCCCUGGCUCCGAAAAGGUUUCCUUGCGGUGUAGCGCGUGCAAAAUAGCUUGCCCCGACGAGAAGAGCUUUGCCUUGCACAUGAAUGGACGGAAGCAUCGAAACCGUGUUGCCCAAGAAGCAGAGAAGGAGAAAGAGAGAGCCGCGGCGUCAAUGAUGGAAGAGCGUCACCGUCAGCAGAUGGGCGAGAUAAACAAGGGCGUUGAUUCACGAAGGGCCUCUCCGUCCACCAAGGUCUCGGCUUGGUCGAACUGCAAAGAGACAGGUGGCUCGUUUCAAUCGAAAUACAAGCUUUCUCCGCAAGAAAACCUUACCCAGGAGAUUGUCGAGAAACAACCCGGGAAACCGAAGAGUUUACAUGAGAUAAUGGAGGAAGAGGCAAAAGAGAAAGCAAAGACAAAGGUCUCGGUCGCCACCUCGACGAAGCUGCGUGCUACCUCGUCGCAGGCUUUGACGCUGCCACCUGGGUCAGCUUCAGCGUUGAAGUCACCUCCAUGGGGGAACAAGGCAAUGAUCCAGGCGAGUGCGGGUCUCAGAGUGCCGGCUUCGCCCAUUUUGACCAAGCCUUCGACUGGAUCACAGUGGCUCGGUGCAGGGUCGAAGGCGACGCCCAUUCAGCUUCCAGUUGGCGCUGCUCCGACGCUCAAGUCACCACCGUGGGCGACCAAGCCUGUGAAAACCUCGUUCCCGCAGACUUCUCCGCAACAAGUAUCGUCUCCAAAGCUGCUGGAUAGAUCACCAAUGGUUAUGCCAUCUUUCGGUGAUUUCCUUCAAAAGGCACCGAAGACCCCUCAAAGCCAUAGCCUACGUCCAUCCUCUUCACCUUGGUCGCCACCUGCUGUUGCUCGCAUUCCCGCGGCUUCGAAGCAACACGAGUCAAGUGUCAGCUUCCAGGUUAUCCAAAAACAAGAAGAAGACUUUAAGAAUGUUCAAGAUCAAAGCUAUCAAGACAACGGAAAGUGGUUCAUCGAACGUCGAGAACGAGCAGGGUCGUUUGCUACGAUUCAGGAGGCCGCCACGAAGCAGAGAGAAGAACAGUUGUUCAUCGAGGAACAGAAGCGGAUCGAGGAGCAUAUUCAACGAGAACAGGCUUUGAAGAAGAAAAAGGAAGACGCUCUGAAGAAGAAAAAGGAGAAAAGAAAGCGACAACAGGCAAAGAAAGCACAGAGCAAGAGCGAAGGAAACGACGGCGGACAAACAUCAAACCAGCAAUCUCAGCAGAAUCAAGGAGGCAAAAGCAAUCAGCAGCCAGCAGAGAAGAACAGUGCUCCUAAUGCAUCCAGCACCAAGAGCAAGAACGGCGGCAAUCGUCGAAACAGAAACAAAAACAGCGGAGCGAACAGAAGAACGCAAACGUCGUCGGUGGUAGACGAUGCUACGUCGGAUAAGAUGACGAAAUCAUGAGUUCGCUGGAGCUGGACAGCAAAGUUAAACAAUCUUUUUCACUUGCAGGUUUCCCACGCUUACGACGACGCCUCUCGUACACCAACGAUUUCGUCGUAUGAAGUCCUUGCUCGAUUGAAUCUAUCGGUUGGCAUGAAAGAAACUGUUCGCCUAAACACCAUCAAACAGGGCUGCCUUUCCUGCGCGGUCUAUCGGUUGGCAUGAAAGAAACUGUUCGCCUAAACACCAUCAAACAGGGCUGCCUUUCCUGCGCGGU